AUGGUGAUGUUAAAAACUUCAGUCGCUGCUCCUCUCGAAACAAUUUACGAGGAGUCGGGCAGUUUUGUUACAUCUACCGGUAAUUCACAAAACCAAGUGUUGACUAAUGAGACUAUUAAUGGUCUGAUUAGUGCUCGUUCAAUUCCUCCAGUUAACUUUCAUCGACAACGAGCAUGUGACAAUGUGGUUAAACCUCCCAUUGAAGUACGUUUUCGUGAUGGAUCAAAACGUUUUAUACAGCCGUCAGCUGCAUGUGCCAUGAUGAUGAGUAGAAGGGAAUUUAUCGAUUCUUCUGAUGCUGAUCUCUCACUGAACGCCAUGCCAAACUUUAAAUAUCAACAUCUGUUCAAUAUCAAUCCAACAAACCAACAGUGUAUACGACGACAACCUCCGAUUGUGAUCACUAUUAUAACUGCUAACGACAUGAAACAAGCUGGUUUUACACCAACUGAUAGUUCUUCACCGGAGAUGACGACGCCAGUGGCAAUGUCUACUCCAACUUACUCCAAGCCUAUAUCAAAUGCUUCACCUGCCCUGUCUACACCAGUAUUAUCGAAAUCCAUUUCAAAUAUCUCGCAAGCCACCUCAUCGACUUCGCAACCGGUCUCCAGUUUUUCGCAGCGAUUGCCGACUCAACAAUCGAUAUUAUCCGAAUCCCAGUCGAGUUCAAUUGCGAGCACGGCCAAAACAAGAAAGGGAAUUCAUAAAGUUUCCUUCGCUCCAUUGCCACCUAUGACACCUGUUCAAUCAUUAAUGCAAUCAGCUAUCAAUCAUCCUGCAACGCAUAUGACUCCACCAGUUAAUUUACCUUUACGCUCACCCCAACAGUCGAUUGGUUCUAACAACUCACGAAACUCCACGCCAUCCCAAUCAUCUUUCUAUUCCUCGAAUUCGAAUUCACGAGCAUCGAAUUCUUCGCAACAAAUCACAUUGACUAAUGACAUGAAUAAACGAAAUACACCAUUGCAGACGGCUAUUCCUGAAUCGCAGUUCAAUACAGCGGUGGCUAUUGGUGGCAGUUCUCAUAGUGCGUUUCGUCCUUUUCUUCGCCAGAUGCGUCUCAAUCAAAAAUCAAGCCCGAUCGCCAAACGAAUUCCUAUAAAUUUUCACGCAAGAAUGUUUCGACCGACACAACAGCAACAACAAGCGAUGCUAUCCUAUGUUCAAAACUAUCAACAACGACGACGACAGUCUCAGCCGACAAGCGCUACUAAAAUGCCAGUACAUUCAUUCACAACGCAGAAUGAGAGUUCACUUGACAAUCAACAGCAACUGGUAUCAACAAGUAGUUCUCUCAGCAACUCUGUUACCGCACAGAAUCUCUUAAACGCAUCUGCUAGUCCAAAUCCAGUUCUAAGCUUAGCAUUGAAUCCCAAUGUAAAAUGGCACAAUAUCACAUCUAACGACGUUAAAGACAUUCCGAAACUUGCUAGAAGAUAUGCUAGUAUUCCUCUACGUAUCGAUCUUCCUGUUGUUUCUCCGCAUUUCAAUCAAAAAGCGCUUGCUCAUCAUGACACGGCUCUUGAACGACGUCUUCUCAGCGCUGGCUUAUCUCCAGAAACAGUGGCACUCUACGAAAGAAUUCUUGAUGUUGCUCAAAAUCGUCCCAUAUCUGUCAUCUCAUCACCUCAAGCAAUUGAUCAAUAUCCAUACAAUUCCUUACUGUAA